UAGGUUAGAAGGGACAGUCUGGCCACGCCUAACUAAGUCUUGGUACAUGGUAGAGCUAGAGCUAGACGUACGUACGUACCUAGACCUAGAGAAAGCUAGCUAUUCCUGAUUUAUCCUUGCUGCUCGCCAUGUCUGGAGUCACACGCAAAGGUCCUGAUCGCCCUGCCAAGGAGGAAGUGGCGGGUUCCGCUGAAGCAGCGCCACUCUACACUAGCUCAGGCAUGAACAUGGAGGGAAAGUGGCCGAAAAUCGUCAUGAUAGUUCUGUGCAUCAUCCUGGCCCUCAUGUUCAUUCUUGCCUUCUCCUUCUGUGUGUAUGGUAGUGUGCAGCACAAUCAACCGCGAUACAUUCUCCUCAUUAUCAAUAUUGUUCUGAGCACUUCUGUAACAGGUCUACUGAUAUUCUGGUAUUACCGAGGAACGCUCAAGUCCAUGAUGCUCUGGUAUGUAUUUGUCCAAUGUCUGUUCCUCUUGUUCCAGUUUAUAACAACCGACUUCUUUGCUUGGUACGAGGCUAGUACCGCCCCCACACCUAUACCGUUGCCAUGGGGACCCAUCACUAACUGUACGGCAUACCCCGGCCGUGGUGGAUGUUCUAAUGUAACGAACACAACCAAACCACCACUGUAUGGACCAGCAUUUGAAGAAAAGUGGCUUGUAUUCUAAUUAUGUAGCGGUAGCUCUGUUCGUGUGUUAUAAACUUUUCUUGCACUUGUACAAAAUUAGUUGUCUUAUUGUUAGAGUUAUAGUUGAUGCAGUUGUGACUUACAAUACCAGCAAAAAAUUUUUUUUUAUUUUGUGUGCUAAUUAAUUUUCCUGCACUUGUACAUGUCGAUCUUGUGCGGUUUAUUGCAAUGAAAAUUAUAUAAAAUUAA